AUGGCUCUCACUCUAGCUAGCACGACCACGUCCCUCGUGUCGCCCACCAUCCUGCCACCGAGCGAGCUCGACAUUACCAACGACUACUCGAUUCGAAAUGUCGCCGGCACCCUCGCCUACGACACCAUGGCGUACUAUCGCGGGAACAAGUCGACGAAUCAGGUGGACAUUGGCGAUCUCUAUCACCCCUACUACUGGUGGGUGGCCGGUGCGCUCUGGGGCACCCUGCUGGAUUACUACCAUUACACCCUCGAUCCGAGCUACAACGACGUCGUGCUCCAGGCCCUGCUGAAUCCGACCAACGUCGGCACGAACCACGACUACAUGCCCAAGGAGCACGAGCUCGAGGAGGGCAACGACGACCUGUUCUUCUGGGGAUCGGCCGUCCUGUCCGCCGCCGAGAGAAACUUUCCCCAGCCGGACGAGUCGAUGCCCUCCUGGCUCGACCUCGGCGCCAACGUCUUCAACUCGCUCGCGAGCCGGUGGAACGCGUCCGCCUGCGGCGGUGGUGUCCUGUGGCAGAUAUACCCCUCGAACCCGAACGGCAUGAACUACAGAAACUCGGUGAGCAACGGCGGCUUCUUCCAGCUCGCCGCCCGCCUCGCCCGCGCCACCGGCAACGACACCUACCUCGACUGGGCGAACCGGCUGUGGACCUGGUCCAGCGACAUUGGGCUCAUCGACGCCAACAGUCAUCACGUCUACGACGGCGUCGACUCGUCCAACAACUGCACCAAGGUCAACAAGCAGUCUUACACUUACACGAGCGGCAUCUACCUCUACGGUGCCGCCAUCAUGGCCAACCACACGGGCGACAAGCAGUGGGAGACGCGGGCGGAGAACCUGCUCGAAGGAGCCCUCUGGUUCUUCACGCCCAACGGCAACAGCAACGACAGCUUCGUCCUGUACGAGGCCGCCUGCGAAAAGGUCAACCGUUGCAACGCCGACAUGACGACGCUCAAGGGCUACCUCAGCCGCUUCAUGUGGCACUCCGUCAAGCUGCUGCCGGCGCUGCGGGAUAGGGUGGAGCAGCUGCUGCAUCCAUCCAUCAAGGCGGCAGUCAAGUCGUGCUCCGGCGGCCAGACGGGCCGCGCGUGCGGGAUGCGCUGGUACCUCGACGGCUACGACAACAAGCCGGGGCUCGGACAGCAAAUGUGCGCGCUCGAGACGGUCCAAGGCCUUCUCCUCGACGAGGCGCCGCUGCCGCUCAAGGGCGACGAGAUCAAGGUCGUUCGCGAUACCAAGUGGGUGCCGCUUGGGAAUCGUACGAGCACAUCCUCGUCGUCAUCGUCCACCUCGACGACGGGGACGACGACGACCGGGGGGACGACGACGACGGAGGAGCCGAGCGUCACCCCCACCGAGUCGGAGGAGGCAGCGCCACUCGUGAGAGUCGACGUCCAGUGGAUGUCGCUGAGUACGUUGUUGGCGAUGCUCUUCUUGUGGAUGGGGUAA